AUGGCUCAUCCACUCGGAAUAAUGCAUAACGAGGUAUAGUUUUGAUUGAAACUUGAUAAACACUUUGAAAACAUUUUUUCGUGAAACGUUACAAAAAAAGAUGAAUUCCGAAAAAUCAAACGUUGAAAAAAGAGUAUCCAAAAAUAUUUUAUUUUCCAGGACUGGUACACCUUGACUCUUCAGUUAUUGGAAAGUUUCCCUAAUGUCACCAAUCCAAGAGAAACUCCAAUGCAACAUUAUCGGAGAAUUGUAAUAUUUUCUACAACCAAAUGUUGUUAUAAAAAAUACUAUUCUUGCAGCUCGAACAAUGUCGCGGUCUCGUAGCAGUCUUCCGAAGAAUUGUUCGUUCAGUGGUACGAGGUAGCUUCGAUCCGGUCCAUUUUGAUAUUGUAAGAUGAACUUUUGUUAGGAAGUUGAAACAAAUAAUUUCAGAGUUUUGUCGAUGAACUUUACAAUAUGAAUGCUAGACAACUCAAUACAUCUAUUGUCAGAGAUAUGUACGAAUUGACUAACUCUUCGGAUUGUGAAAGUGAUGUCGAAAGUGAUUAUGACGAUUGUUAG